GAGGAUUGAGACAGCGUUUUACUAUCCUACUGUAAAGUGAAUUGUUGUUUAGAGGUGAUUUCGUGUUGUGCUUUGGUAACUGAAUGGGUGUGUCUACGCUCUCUUGGCAGUACACACCGGAAGGGAGGGGGGCCUGUCUGCUUGUGAGUUCGUAUCCGAGCCGCCGGUGUUUGUUAUGGGAGCGAACUAGGAAGAGGGCGACGACGAGCUACCAACCAACACAACGAAACGAGAGGCACUUCACGGGUUUUUUAUGUGUAUUUUAGCUUAGUUCACUAGUACUAAACGUCUGUCGGAUAUGAUAUUUUUCAAAUUAUUUAUCAUUUUUUCCUACCUACGGGAUAUUAGAGGCCAGUUUGAAAAGCCGUUGAACAAAUAUAUUCGCCAUUAUGAGGGUUUGUCAUAUGACACAGAAGCUCUGCACAGCAGUCAUCAGAGAGCCAAAAGGGCACUUCAUCCGCAAGACAAGACGGUUCACUUGGACUUCAAGGCUCAUGGGAGACAUUUUAACUUGCGGCUAAAGAGAGAUACAAAGCUCUUUUCUCCAGAUCUCGUCAUUGAGGUGUCAGGACAAGAGGAACCCAUCGACACGUCACACAUUUAUAGUGGAGAAAUCUUCGGUGAACAGGGGACUCUGACUCACGGCUCGGUGGUUGACGGACGAUUUGAAGGAUUUAUUAAAACCCACCAAGGAACGUUUUAUGUCGAACCCUCAGAGAGGUAUCUGGAGCACAGCAAUGUGCCGUUCCACUCCGUCAUCUAUCAUGAAGAUGAUAUUCAUUAUCCUCAUAAGUACGGCUCAGAGGGAGGCUGUGCUGACCACUCUGUGUUUGAAAGGAUGAAGAAGUACCAGGCGUCUGCAGUCGAAGAGCCGAGCAAUGAUGUAAGCAGGGUGACAGAAGACGAUGACGCUUAUGGUCCAGUUAUUCUGAGGAAAAAGAGGGCAGCUGGGAAGGACAAAAACACCUGCCAGCUCUACAUCCAGACUGACCACUUCUUCCAUGCUUACUACGGCUCCAGGGAGGCCGUCAUCGCCCAGAUCUCCAGCCAUGUGAAGGCUAUUGACUCCAUUUACCAGGACACAGACUUCUUGGGCAUCCGAAACAUCAACUUCAUGGUUAAAAGGAUCAGGAUCAAUACCACAGCCGAUACCAAGGAAACCACUAAUCCAUUUCGCUUUCCUAAUAUUGGCGUGGAAAAAUUUCUGGAGCUGAACUCUGAGCAGAACCACGACGACUACUGCCUGGCCUACCUCUUCACCGACAGGGACUUUGAUGACGGCGUGCUCGGGUUGGCUUGGGUCGGCGCUCCUUCAGGAAGCUCUGGAGGCAUUUGUGAAAAAAGCAAGCACUACUCUGAUGGGAAGAUGAAAUCUCUCAACACUGGUAUCAUCACUGUGCAGAACUAUGCUUCACAUGUCCCUCCUAAAGUGUCACACAUCACCUUCGCACAUGAAGUUGGACACAACUUUGGCUCUCCCCAUGACUCUGGGAAUGAGUGCACCCCUGGAGAAUCCAAGGAGAAGAUUAAGAAGGAGUCGGGAAACUUCAUCAUGUACGCCAGAGCCACAUCUGGGGACAAACUAAACAAUAACAGGUUCUCCAUCUGCAGUAUUCGGAAUAUAAGUGCAGUUCUGUUGAAGAAGAAAGAUUCCUGCUUUGUUGAGUCUGGUCAGCCUAUCUGUGGUAAUGGACUGGUGGAAGAGGGAGAGCAGUGCGACUGCGGCUACCGCAAUGACUGUAAGGACGAGUGCUGCUAUAAUGCCGACGAAGAGGUGGGAAAAAAGUGCAAACUUAAAUCUGGAAAAAUCUGCAGUCCAAGCCAAGGCCCGUGUUGUACAACCGAAUGUGCUUUUAAGGGUUCCAGUGAGAGCUGCAGAACGGAAUCUGAAUGUGCUAAAACAGGCUUUUGCAACGGACGCACGGCGGUGUGUCCAACCUCAGAGCCAAAGGAAAACAAAACCACCUGCCAUGAGGAAACACAAGUUUGCAUCAAUGGGAUCUGCUCUGGUUCUAUUUGUAUGAAGUACGAUCUGGAAGUGUGCACCUGCGCCAGCAAAGACGACAAGAACGAAGCAGCUGAGCUCUGCCAUGUUUGCUGCCAGGAAAAAAACGAUGCCAGCACCUGCAGCAGCACCGGUUCAGAUAGAUGGGCUAAAUUCUUUAAUAAAGAAGUGAAAACGCUGCAGCCCGGCUCACCCUGCAACGACUUUAAAGGAUACUGUGACGUCUUCAAGAAGUGCCGACUGGUGGACGCCGACGGGCCGCUGGCCAGGCUGAAGAAAGCGUUUUUAAACCCAGAGCUGUAUGAGAACAUCGCAGAUUGGAUUGUGGCUCACUGGUGGGCUGUGCUAUUGAUGGGAAUUGCUCUCAUUAUGCUGAUGGCGGGUUUCAUCAAGAUCUGCAGUGUUCACACACCCAGCAACAACCCCAAACUUCCUGAACAUAAACACCUCACAGAUACACUAAGAAUAAACAGAGGUCAACGACAACAGCAACGGCAACGGCCACCUCGAAGUCAGCUUUACCAACAAGGGUCCGGAGAUCAGGUUCUGAUGCAACCGCUGAGGCGCUGAGAUGACGCUCUGCUCUUUGCCUUUGUUCUUAGUGCCUACAACAGGAGCACUUUACUCCAAAGAGUUACCUUCACCACAAAAAUCAAAUUUCCAAGAACUUUGAACCGAAGAUGUUUUAUUGUGGGGGCUGCCGUCUUCCCCAUCCUCCACUCUGAGAGCCAGUUUAAUAAUGGUUCACAAAGCUUUUAUAGGAAACUAAUCUUUCAAGGAGGGACAUGGGGAAGUUUGCCGUUGUUUUUCCACAUGGUCUUAAUUAUCUUGCUUUGUUUCUUUGAAAGAUUUUUUUUCUCAUCUUUUAUGAGAACAGAUGGUUAUGAGAAUAUGAUUUUGUUAGUGUGGCCUUGAUUUUUUGUUGUUGUUUUUUUUUCUCGCCGGUCUGCAAUUGUGUCUGUCCUGCAUCUUUUCCAUCCUCAGCAUGAUGGCAGCUGAAUGUCGGUACAUGAGUUUUAGCUGCCGGUUUAAAAUAAUCUUUGCUGGCAUGAUCAUGACGUCAUUGCUGGAGGAUUUCUUUCUUUCAAACCAAAUACAUUUGAUUUCUAAUGCAAGCAUCCUAAUUGUUUGGUGUAGAGUUUUUAUCCCCUUAUUUCCGAGAAAAAAUAUUUCUUAGGGGAUCUAAGUUGUCUACUGUUCUAAUUCACUUUCUCAGGAUUACUAAUAGCGCUCAAGUGUAAAGAUGGUUGCAUGCAAAUUUUAGAAAAAGUUGCAUGAAAACAUGGAGUCACCUCUAAUCUGAGGGUUAGACUUUGGAGACUGUUUUGCACUUGCUUUUGUACACAGAACUGAAAUAGUUUGAGAAACUUGUUUUUUAUUCAACAGAUUGUUCCACGGUUUUACUAAAUCAUGGUAAAUCCAUCAUUCAUCUCUAGUAAGUUAGUCAGCUGUUAAAGAAAAAGGCCAAAUAAAACCACCUGAAACCAGUCGGUUCAGCACUUUGGUUUGAAUGUAAAUGAGAAUUUUUCUUUCUUUUAGUGAAAUAUAUUUCAGUUCAGAUGACUUUGUACAUACUGAGUCUGAUAGGGGGUAGAUUGUAAAUUUUAAUCGCUCUGGCGCUGCUGUUAUGUGAGAGCGAGCAAUCAGUAUGUCUUCUGCUAAUCUCCUUUUGUUUUUUUCUGCUUUACUCUGCAGUUUUCAUCUGAAAAGCUUUAUUGUCCUCUUUGCACCGUCUUGGUUUGUGUAACUGUUUGAAAAUGUGCCUACGUUAAGCAGCACGACUAAAGUUGCAUGACUGCUAAACAUGAACUGCUGAAAUUCAAAGGUGUGAAAAUAUUUGAGAAUGUGGUAUACAUAUGCUUUUUUUUUUUUUUUUUUAGCCAAAUCUUUAACUCCUUUUGAUUUUCAGAUUCUCUUGUAACGUCAUUUUAAAUCCCAAGUUGAACUUCAGUGGUCCUCAUUCAGGAUGUACUUCAUAUCGCCUUUAAAGAGAUGAGCGAGGCCACUGAAAAUGGCUGAAUCUUUGGUUUGAGGUGAGGCUGAAGUGUAAAGAGCGUUGCUGUCCGGAGAACUGCUGCAACCCAAAGUUGUUUCUCAUAUGCAAAGAGCCAGGUUCUCACUGAUCAGCCGAUGCAGAGAAUCAGAGUUCAUCAGUGAACAAGCUGGCCUCAUCACAGAGAAAUGCCUUCUAUGUUUCCUCCCAAAUCAGAACACAUGAAAGGUUUUCAUACAGACGUUGGGGGAAAAAAAGCUUACAAGUCGACAAAAAACUUCUUUUUUUUUUUACUUACUGCCUAGCUUUUGGUGCUGAUGGUGUUUUUUUUUAUUAUUAUAUUCAAACUUUUAUGGGUGUAUUCUUUUUUUUUUUUCCUAUGUUAAAGCAGUAUGAUAUGGGUGAUCCUCAGUGGGUUGAUGUCUCUGGGAAAUGUGUUUAUUCCUUGUGAUGUGAAAAUGUGCACUGUCAUAAAAGCAACCGAAUCCAACAAAGGUAAAGAUUCAGAGCUGUGGUCUGAUUUUAAUGCCUCUUGUCUUUUUAUACCACGUUUCAGUGCAGUUCUUCUUGUUCCGUAUCCCGUCUGGCUUACUUUGAACAUUUUACAAAGUUGCAAGAAAUGUGCAAAAACCUAAUUUCUUUACAACUACUUGAAAUAAAGUAAUAAACUAAAACU